AUGCUUCGAAGUUCAAGCCUCCCCUGGAGGGCUGUGUUCCGCAAAACACCUCGAAAUAUACUAUGUAGAUCCCACCUUGCUCCGGUUAGGCUUAACGCCCCUGUAUCAUCAGAGUUCCGCGCGGCGAUUGCCUCGAGAUCUUUUCCCUCACUUGCACAUUCUUUCUCUUCGAGCCCAACCAGACGAAAAGAAAAGCCGACACCUUCACAACAGAAGAAAGAGCGCGAAGAAGGAACUGAAACGGACGUUGACCGUGAAGAGCUGCCCAAGCCCGAAGAUUCUGGAAAGGAUGGGAGGUCGUCAGACAACCCUGCACCUAUACCACCGUCGGGCGGACCAGCGGAGUCACGGCCGAGUGGCGCUGGUGCGGGAGGCAGUGCGGGCUCAUCCGGGAGUGGAGAAGGGGGAGGAAAGAGAGGGAGAAAGAGUGCAGCGGAGCGCGCGCUCUCCAAACCCUCAAUUCCCGAUGUAUAUCCGCAGGUGAUGGCGAUUCCGAUAGCGCGGAGGCCGUUGUUUCCUGGAUUCUACAAGGCAAUCACAAUCAAAGACCCCAACGUUGUUGCAGCAGUCCAAGAGAUGAUGAAGCGAGGUCAGCCAUAUGUCGGUGCAUUUCUGUUCAAAGAUGAAAAUGCGGACAAGGACAUUAUCGAGAGCAUGGACGAUGUUCAUGACGUUGGAGUUUUUGCGCAAAUAACAAGUGCAUUUCCGGUUCAUGGCGAUGAGAAUGGCUUGACAGCAGUUCUAUAUCCCCACCGCAGGAUCAAGAUGUCUUCGCUGCUACCGCCACAAGAGAAAGCAGCCAAGGAGGAACCCGAGUCACAAGCUCAAAAGGAGGCACCGCUGGAUAAACAAGGGGAUGUUGUCGCCAGCUUCGAAGAGGCUACGAUGGAGCAGGCGCCGAAGGAUGUCCUUAACUAUGAGCCAACAUCAUUUCUACACAAGUACCCGGUUAGCAUAGUUAACGUUGACAACCUUGCGGAAGAGCCUGUCGAUAAGAAGAGUCCCGUUAUCCGUGCUGUCACGAGCGAAAUAGUCAACGUCUUCAAGGACGUAGCGAAUUUGAAUCCAUUAUUCCGCGAUCAAAUAUCCACCUUUUCUAUGAGCCAAUCCGCUGGGAAUGUGAUCGAGGAACCAGCUAAACUCGCCGAUUUUGCGGCAGCUGUUUCUGCUGGUGAAAUUAAAGAGCUACAGGACGUUCUGGAAACGAUGAACGUUGAAGAGCGCUUAUCUAAAGCUCUUGUGGUACUCAAGAAGGAACUUAUGAACGCUCAGCUACAAUCGAAGAUCUCCAAAGAUGUCGAGGCCAAGAUCCAAAAACGACAGCGAGAGUACUGGCUGAUGGAGCAAAUGAAAGGUAUUAGGAGAGAACUUGGCAUUGAGUCCGACGGAAAGGACAAGCUAGUCGAGAAGUUCAAGGAGAAAGCAGAAAAGUUGGCGAUGCCGGAAGCUGUCAAGAAAGUAUUCGAUGAGGAGUUGAACAAGCUUGCGCACCUGGAGCCAGCUGCGUCUGAAUUCAACGUAACUCGAAACUAUCUUGACUGGAUAACACAGAUCCCAUGGGGUAAACGAAGCGCCGAGAACUUUGGGAUUAAAAAUGCGAUGACGGUCUUGGAUGAAGACCACUACGGCCUCAAAGAUGUCAAAGAUCGCAUCUUGGAAUUUAUCGCAGUAGGGAAGCUUCGUGGAACUGUGGAGGGCAAAAUCCUCUGCUUCGUUGGUCCACCUGGUGUGGGUAAGACCAGCAUCGGCAAAUCUAUUGCUCGUGCCCUCAACAGACAAUACUAUCGAUUUAGCGUUGGCGGCCUGACGGAUGUAGCGGAGAUCAAAGGUCACCGACGAACCUAUGUGGGUGCCUUGCCUGGACGUAUCAUUCAGGCCCUUAAAAAGUGUCAGACAGAGAACCCGCUCAUUCUUAUCGAUGAGGUCGAUAAGAUUGGCCGUGGACACCAAGGUGAUCCGUCUUCGGCGCUGCUUGAACUUCUGGAUCCGGAGCAGAACUCGUCUUUCUUGGACCACUACAUGGAUGUUCCCGUGGACCUAUCGAAGGUCCUCUUUGUUUGCACAGCAAAUAUGACGGACACCAUUCCACGGCCUUUGUUGGAUCGUAUGGAGAUUAUCGAACUAUCUGGGUACGUUGCCGAUGAAAAGAUGGCGAUUGCUGAACGUUAUCUCGCUCCUGCUGCAAAGGAAUUAAGCGGACUGAAGGAAGUUGAUGUGAAGCUGGACAAGAAUGCCAUUGAGGAGCUUAUCAAGUCUUACUGCAGAGAAAGUGGAGUUCGGAACUUGAAAAAGCAGAUCGAAAAGGUCUAUAGAAAGGCAGCCUUGAAGAUUAUUCAAAAUCUGCGCGAAGAGGAACCUACGGAAGAGGAUGUGGUGAGAGAAGAAGUUAGGGCAGCACAGGAGGCCGUGAAGAAUGGAAAGGAAGCAGAGGACUUGAAUCGGGAGACUCCCUUACUUCCAGCAAAUGUCCCAGAUGAUGUCCAUGUGGUCAUCACGAAGGAUAACCUGAAGGAUUAUGUCGGCCCACCAGUCUUCACCUCCGAUCGACUCUAUGAGGUCACUCCCCCUGGUGUCGCCAUGGGUCUGGCGUGGACGAGUAUGGGCGGUGCAGCACUUUAUGUCGAAUCGAUCUUGCAGUCUGCCCUGACACCAUCGUCGCAACCGGGAUUUGAACAGACGGGUAAUCUCAUGACUGUUAUGAAGGAAUCGACUGUUAUUGCGUACUCUUUCGCCAAGUCUGUUGUAGCCAAGGACUUCCCAGGGAACAAAUUUUUCGAGAAGGCCAGACUCCACCUACAUUGCCCUGAAGGUGCAGUUCAGAAAGACGGCCCGUCCGCCGGAAUAACCAUGGCCACCUCAUUGUUAUCUCUAGCCCUCGAUCAGCCCAUCGAUCCGACUAUUGCCAUGACGGGAGAGCUUACUGUUACAGGUAAAGUUCUCCGGAUUGGUGGACUCAGAGAAAAAACCGUCGCCGCCCGCCGUGCAGGAGCCAAAACUAUCAUUUUCCCUUCGGAUAAUAUCUCCGAUUGGCUUGAACUCCCACAGAAUAUCAAGGAAGGAAUCGAUGGACAUGCUGUUAGCUGGUACUCCGAAGUCUUUGACCUCGUCUUCAAGGACCUUGAUUCCAAGAGAGCCAACAACGCAUGGCAAGCUCAGCUGAGCGAUUCGGAGAAAGCUGAUGAAAUUAAAUGAAUGAAUGCCACAUUGACAGCAGUAUGCAGUGACGUCUAAUCUGUUUACAGUUACACUGGGGCUCUGUUGUCAUCCUAAUGAUUUCCCUGGCUUUCGCGCAUAUCCAUGCUACACAAAAUCUUCCUAUUUGUUGUCUAACCAGCAUAUACACAUGCAUCUCUCCCACCUCUUUUGCAUGCUCUGGAGUUUUUCUGUUUUCUUUUUGUAUAGUGUGGGCAAUUGAUCAUAUGUAUGUACAGUACCCACACCCGUGUUGUGAUGCUUGUCCCCCCUUUUUCCUGCGAAAAGAACUGCACAGCCUUGGACUAUUAUGCUGUUUGCAUGAUGGAUAGAUUUUUGGUAUUCUUUUUGUAUUUUCUUAUUCUGUGCUUUCUGCUCCCUUGCCGCCUCAGGUGAUGAUGUCGGGCGUAUGCAGUGGAAGAAUCGUACGCUUCCAUAGGGCCGAGAAAAAAAAAACUCUAAAGACACUCCACUCGUUCACUGGGCUGCGCUUUUUUGGCUUAUUACUGUUUUUUUUGGGGCAUUGUUUGUUUACUAGCAAGCUUUGGCAUCCUUGUAUAUUACCUUAGUGAUUAUUUUGUCUACGAAGAGAUGAUCUGAUUGAAGAACAAA